AUGCCUCCGCGAUUCUCAGUUCAGUCUCCUUGGAGCGCCUUGAAAGGCACGCUCUCUGGGCAGACUCUCUCGAGCGGAACCACCAUCACUGCGCGUGCGGCAUCCACCAAGGCUAAGUCGCCGAAGAAACAUGACUUUUUCAUGAUCGCACAUGCCCGGCAACGAAAGGCAGCCAAUCUUUCUCGGCGAAAAGUUCUCGAGGCUGAACGCGAAGCCUCGCUCGGCCACCCUGUGGAAAGCAAGCCGACACCUUUCAUCCAGGAGAUUCAAGCGAUUCAGACUGGCACCCAGGCCCCAGCAUCUGGCAUUGAUAUCAACUAUUAUUUGAAGCCGGAUGAGCUCAGCAGUGCGCUUCAAUUCUCUAAGGAUCUUACCGAGCCGCUGAAGAAUCCGAAUCGUGAUACAGCGGACCCUCAGCAAGAGGCGGAGGCGGCGGAGUUACAUCAGCAGCAACACCGAAACGCAGAGGAGGCUAUUCAGCGCAUUGUGAACUUGAGCAAUGGCAACACCAAAGACCGCCUUCGAUUGAAUGUACAGAAGUGCAUCGACCAAUUCGGCCGACACAAUACCGACUCAUCCCUACCACCUAAACCCGCUGGCGUGCGUCAUGAGUCUGCACCGGUUCACCCAGAGAAGGCUCCUCGUAUUGGCCCAGAUACUGGCUCUCCGGAGGUUCAGGCUGCUAUUCUGACAGCCAAGAUCGUGAAUCUGUCUCGGCACCUGAAGACUACCAACAAAGACAAGCACAAUAAGCGCAACCUCCAGCUUCUUGUUCACAAGAGACAGAAGCUGCUUCAGUAUCUUCGCAGGAAAGAACGAGGAGGCCCCAGAUGGCAGAACCUCAUGGAGACUCUCGGCUUGUCUGAGGCCGCAUGGAAGGGCGAGAUUGCCAUCUAG